ACUAAAUCUCUAAUUUUAAAACAAAAUUUCUGGGUUUUCAAUGGCUGCCAAGCUUGGUUCUUUCAGGCACUCCCUGCUGGAGAAAAGGGGGAGAACAAUGGGGUAUUCGGUGCUUGGAUUGUACGAAGGUGGAGAUGAACUGGAACAAGAACAAGGACGGAGAUGGUUUUCUUACAGGUACUUAAGCGACAAGCUAACUGGGUUUUCGGAGUUGGUUCGACAGGUUAUGGGCAAGGCAUGGCAGAUGGGGAUGUCGGAUCCCAGGAAGAUUAUUUUCUCUGCGAAGAUGGGUCUUGCCUUGAUGCUUAUUUCAUUGCUUAUUUUCUUGAAAGAACCCAUCAAGGAACUCAGUGACCACUCUGUUUGGGCUAUUCUCACUGUCGUCGUCGUCUUUGAGUUCAGCAUAGGAGCAACUCUUAGCAAAGGAUUUAACCGUGGGCUGGGUACAUUAACGGCCGGAGGGCUUGCUCUCGCUAUGGCAGAGUUGUCGCAGUUGGCUGGAAAAUGGGAAGAAGUUGCUAUUGUUAUUAGCAUCUUUAUAAUAGGGUUCUUUUCAACUUAUGCAAAACUAUACCCGACGCUGAAGGCUUAUGAGUACGGGUUCCGAGUGUUCACGUUGACAUAUUGUUACAUAACAGUAUCUGGGUAUAAUACAGGGGAAUUUGUCCAUACAGCUGUUACUCGAUUUUUGCUGAUAGCACUCGGUGCCUGUGUUUGUUUAGUCGUUAACAUAUGCAUUUACCCCAUCUGGGCUGGUGAGGACCUGCACAAUUCGGUAGCUAAAAAUUUCAUGAGUGUGGCAAGUUCUUUAGAAGAAUGUGUUAAAGGGUACCUUAAUUGCGUUGAAUAUAAAAGGGUCCCUUCCAAAAUUCUAACUUAUCAAGCGUCAGAUGACCCGGUUUACAGUGGCUACAGAUCAGCUGUAGAAUCUAAAAGUCAGGAGGAAGCACUGUUGGGCUUCGCCAUAUGGGAGCCACCGCAUGGUCCUUAUAGGUCACUUCGUUACCCAUGGAAGAAUUAUGCCACAUUAAGUGGAGCCCUGAGGCACUGUGCAUUCAUGGUUAUGGCUUUACAUGGCUGUAUACUUUCAGAAAUACAGGCUCCACCAGAACGGAGACAAGUCUUUCGUCAAGAACUUCAGAGGGUUGGUGCAGAAGGUGCUAGAGUGUUGCGUGAGCUUGGGAACAAAGUAAAAAAGAUGGAGAAAUUAGGUCAUGCUGACAUACUAUUUGAAUUACAUGAGGCUGCAGAAGAGUUGCAAAAUAAAGUUGACCGGAAAUCCUACCUUCUUGUCAAUGCCGAGAGUUGGGAGAUCGGAAAUCGAUCACAGGUUCUGUCGGAGCCUCAAGAUUUUCUGAGCUUGGAUAGUGAUGAACAUAAAGUCCUGGGUUAUAAGUCCCAUAGUGAGGCAGUACUUGAUCUCCGAUCGGUUACUAUGCCAAAUAGUUUGGGUAACCUCAAGACUAUUGUCAGUGUCAACCCCAUUGUCUCCCCCGGUGCACCCUCCGAAGGUUUACUUAAGAAACAGAUUUCAUGGUCAGCACACCCUUCAUUUAUUCCUGAAACGAAUCAAGUUUUGGAAGAGUCAAAAACAUACGAGAAUGCAAGUGCAUUGUCAUUGGCAACAUUUAGUUCACUUUUGAUUGAAUUCGUUGCGAGAAUGCAAAACGUAGUUGAUGCAUUCGAAGAGCUGAGCGAGAUCGCAAACUUUAAGGAACCCGAGGAGUUACCAGCAGCAGCAAGAGUGUCCGUUGGCCUUUGUUCCAAAUUGUUUAAAUGUCUGAAGUUUUAGAAUUUGCAUACGACAUCAUAGUUCUGGAUUUUAACAAGUCUCUUCCCUAGAUGAUGUUCUAUAACUCGAUGAGAACAGAUCCGACAGAACGGGAAGUGAAAACUGCUGAUCUUAACCGAACUCAACUUGAACCGACGGUGUACAAGGUUGUAGGGCAAACAUUCUGACCUCUAAUAUUAAUGGCUUUAGUCUUGACUUUUAUGGUUU